GAAUGGGUUUGAAGUUUCUCCAGCCCCAAUAGUGAGAACAUUAUAUUGAGAUAAUACUUCUGCCGUGAACCCUGCUGAGCAGACUGUAGAUGCCCACACACAAAAUCUGGGUCCUGGUCUUUGCCCUUCUGAUUAUAUAAGCCUCUGGGAUUGGAAAAUACACAGAGAUCGUCUGGUGAGCCAACAUGCUAGGUUCCUUUUAAAUCACAUUCAAAAGAAGGAAGAGGAGCUGGACAAGAGCACAAUUCUUUCAACAGCGUUCUUAAGAAAUGGUCAUCAAGCUCUACCAUCAGAGAUGGGGAACUCACUACCUUCCCAAGACAGUCUAUUCCACUUUAAAGGAAUUCUAAUGGAUUGUUCCUGAAUGCUAGUGAUGGUGAAGCCGGGAAAAGGUUCCUUUAAAUCACCACCAGGAUGAAUCAUCUGCCGGAUGAUCUGGAAAAUGCCCUCAGCGGAAGUCAGGGCUCCCAUCCUUCUCUGCUCAACGUCCACUCCAUCAACCCCACCCAGCUGAUGGCCAGGAUCGAGUCCUAUGAAGGGCGGGAGAAGAAAGGCAUCUCUGACGUCAGAAGGACUUUCUGUUUGUUUGUCACCUUUGACCUCUUGUUUGUUACUCUGCUGUGGAUAAUAGAGUUAAAUGUGAAUGGGGGCAUCGAGACCACGCUGGAGAAGGAGGUGGUGCAGUACGACUACUACUCCUCUUACUUUGACAUAUUUCUCCUGGCCGUUUUUCGGUUUAAAGUGUUGAUCCUCGCAUAUGCCGUGUGCAGGCUGCGCCACUGGUGGGCCGUAGCGUUGACGACAGCUGUGACGAGUGCCUUUUUAUUAGUCAAAGUCAUUCUUUCCAAGCUCUUCUCCCAGGGGGCUUUUGGAUACGUGCUGCCCAUCAUUUCAUUCAUCCUUGCUUGGAUCGAAACCUGGUUCCUGGAUUUCAAAGUAUUGCCUCAAGAAGCGGAGGAAGACAACAGACUUCUGCUGGUUCAGGACGCUUCGGAGAGGGCGGCCCUCAUCCAGCCGCCCGGGGGGCUCUCGGAUGGGCAGUUUUAUUCCCCACCUGAGUCUGAAGCAGGUUCUGAUGAAGAAUCGGAAGAAAAACAGGACAGUGAGAAGCCGGUCCUGUAGCUGUGAGAAUUAUGUUGAUGAAAUGUGAAGGUGUCCAGGGGCCGGCUCUUCGGGUGGACGAGUCGGGGCUCUCCCGGGGGAGCCGCGCCGACCUGCUAAUCAAGGAUUUAUUUAUUGUGAUACCUCGGAAGACUGUCCCGCCCCCCACGUGUACAUUCGCCUGCCUGAGGCCGGGAGAGGAUGUCCUGGGGCGGCGAGCCCCGUCGUCCACUACUGAAACCGAUCUCCUGAUGUGUAGGUAGUUCUGGGAAAGGCUCGCGCCUUCUUCCUAAUCAAUAGACACCCUAGUUUAGCGACCUAACUUUUCUUCUGUAACUCAAAAUGUACGUGGAUUUUGUUUUCUGACUCACAAAAUGGGAUUGUUUUAUUUGUCUCAUAGAUUUAUUUUAUAUUUCUUUUUAAAAAAUAACAUGUCCUUGUGUGUUUUAUAAUUCAUGCAUAUGAGCUCUUUGUACAGUUUAAAACCGUUAAUAAAAGGCAACAUACCAGC